AUGACUGCGAACCACCCCCGACGAGCGGGUGACGAGGAAGCACACCCCAAGACCGAAGGCCGCUUCAAUGCGAUAGAGCCACUCACUCGGUUACGCGGUGCUCUACCAACUGGUCUCACUCAAUCCGCGAAUCCUGAUACCCAUCCUCUCCCUACCACCACUUCAGACCGCCGCCGCGCCUCCAUUAGUGCGGAUUCCCUCGAUCGAGAUGCGCAUCUCUCGGAGAAGGUCACAGAACAACAGGAGAGUGGGCAGGGAUUGACUGGAACGUCUGCAGAGGGAGAGACCGUGUUAUACCUAGCAUACGGCUCGAACCUGGCCUCUCAGACCUUCCGUGGUAUGCGCGGGAUCAAACCGCUCUCGGAGAUUCGGGUGCUUGUACCAGAGCUCCGCCUGACAUUCGACCUCCCCGGGAUCCCAUACGCGGAACCGUGUUUCGCAGGCACACAAUAUCGGGAUCCCGGCUUUGUCCAUAAUGAAGACAGAGAAUCGCAAGAUAGCGACCUAUCUAUCAUCGAUGGGGACUUCUUAUCAGAAAAGGAGCCACUUCUUGUCGAGACGCGAGAGGUACAAAGCUCAGAGGCGGACAGGAAUCGGUGGCAUAAACCGCUCAUUGGAGUUGUUUAUGAAGUGACUUUGGCCGAUUAUGCGAAGAUCAUCGCUACAGAGGGUGGUGGCCGCGGGUACAGAGACGUGGUCAUUGAUUGCUAUCCCUUUACGAAGGGCUUCAAGUCUACCGAUCCAGUCCCAGAUCAUCCUGAAACCACCCCAUUCAAGGCCCACACUCUUCUAUCACCUAGCGCAGAUGAGGAUCGAAAGAAGAAAGAGGCUGCCAAACAUGCUGAUUCCUCUGUCGUGUAUACAUCAUGUCCCAAAUCUUCUGUAUUUGGUGACGUGGGACCGAACAUGCGUCCCGAUCCUGAGUAUGCGCAGCCUUCGGCCCGCUACCUGAAUCUGCUUGUCACAGGCGCUGCCGAGCACGACCUGCCAAUCUCAUAUCAAAACUACCUUUCUCAGAUCCACACGUACAGGAUCACGACCUUCCGCCAAAAGGUCGGGAAAGUGAUUUUCCUUGUUGUAUGGGGUCCGGUUAUUCUCUCUCUUCUGGGAUUCUCGAAGAGAUUCGCGGGUCCAGAUGGACGAAGCCCGCCUUGGCUGGUGAACUUGUCGAAUGUCGUAUUCGCAGGGCUGUGGACCAGCUAUGAUUAUUUCUUCAAGAAAGUGUUUGGAGAUGGCGAGCGCACAUUGGAAGAUACCCCGUCGAUUUGA